AUCCUGGGGAUGAAACUAAGAUUCUCUCUCAUGCUUGGUGGCAAGUGCCUUCACCCUGAACCAUCUCACUGACCCAAGGACACUGAAUUUAAAUCCAGAGGCGGCGCCAGAGUGUAGACCUGCCUCGUGACUCCAGGCCAGAGUCCUGCGGGGCGUGGCGAGAGGCGGGCCCUGGCGUCUCUGGGUGUUGGAGCGCGGCGACAGUCUCGCCGCCGCGGGACACACGAACAGACAGCCGCACGGACCCGCCAAGGGAACCCCCAGGGCCAUGACGGAGAGCGCCGGCCGCCGCUGCUGCCUGGGCUGGGACUUCAGCACGCAGCAGGUUAAAAUCGUUGCUGUUGAUGCAGAGUUGAAUGUCUUCUACGAGGACAGUGUGUAUUUUGACAGAGACCUUCCUGAAUUUGGAACUCAGGGCGGUGUCCAUGUACACAAGGACAGGCUGACGGUCACCUCUCCAGUCCUGAUGUGGGUCCAGGCUCUGGACCUGAUCCUGGAGAAGAUGAAGGCUUCGGGCUUUGACUUCUCUCAAGUUGUAGCCUUAUCUGGAGCAGGCCAGCAACACGGAAGCGUUUACUGGAAGACUGGAGCCAGCCUGGCGCUGUCGAGCCUGUCACCAGCUCUCCCAUUACACCAGCAACUCCAGGCCUGCUUCUCCAUCAGCGACUGCCCAAUAUGGAUGGACUCCAGUACCUCAGCCCAGUGCCGCCAGCUGGAGGCUGCUGUGGGCGGAGCCCGGGCUCUCAGCUGCCUCACAGGGUCUCGGGCCUAUGAGCGCUUUACAGGCAACCAGAUAGCAAAGGUCUUCCAGCAAAACCCCGAGGCCUACUCGCACUCCGAGAGGAUUUCCCUGGUCAGUAGCUUUGCUGCUUCGCUGUUCCUGGGUGGGUACUCGCCCAUCGACUACAGUGAUGGUUCUGGAAUGAAUUUGUUGCAGAUCCAGGAAAAAGUCUGGUCCCAAGCUUGCCUUGGUGCCUGUGCCCCCCGUUUGGAGGAGAAGCUCGGCUCACCAGUCCCUUCAUGCUCAGUUGUGGGAGCCAUUUCUUCCUACUAUGUCCAGCGCUAUGGAUUCCCUCCGGCAUGCAAAGUGGUGGCCUUCACUGGGGACAACCCAGCAUCGCUGGCGGGCAUGAGGCUGGAGGAAGGUGACAUUGCGGUCAGCCUGGGCACCAGCGACACCCUAUUUCUCUGGCUCCAAGAGCCCACGCCUGCCCUGGAAGGCCACAUCUUCUGCAACCCCGUCGAUGUACAACACUACAUGGCACUUCUGUGCUUUAAGAAUGGCUCCCUUAUGAGAGAGAAGAUCCGGGAUGAGUCCGCUUCAGGUUCCUGGAACAAGUUCUCUAAAGCCCUGCAGUCCACGGAGAUGGGGAACAAGGGCAACCUGGGUUUCUAUUUCGACGUAAUGGAGAUCACCCCUGGAAUUAUGGGACGUCAUAGGUUUAACGCAGAAAACAUUGAGGUCUCAGCAUUCCCUGGGGAUGUGGAGAUUCGGGCACUGAUCGAAGGACAGUUCAUGGCCAAAAGAAUCCACGCAGAAGGGCUAGGCUACCGAGUCAUGCCCAAAACAAAGAUUCUGGCCACAGGGGGAGCAUCUCACAAUAAAGACAUCUUACAGGUGCUCGCAGAUGUUUUUGGGGCCCCCGUGUAUGUCAUAGACACCACCAGUUCAGCCUGUGUGGGCUCUGCGUACCGAGCUUUUCAUGGCCUUGCAGGAGGGACAGGUGUGGCCUUUUCAGAAGUUGUGAAGUCAGCACCACAUCCCAGCCUGGCUGCCACCCCCAGCCCCGGAGCUUCCCAGGUCUAUGAGGCCCUUCUUCCUCGGUAUGCUCAACUUGAACAGAGAAUCUUGUCUCAGGCCCGGGGACCUCUGGAAUGACUGUGUGCCCUGGCAGCCUGCUGCCUCCCACCUGCCCAGACUUCCCACUUGUCCUCUUGCUUGUGCUGACUCAGUGGCAUGCUCUUGUCCUGUCCUGGACCAUCCCGAAGCUGGCCAGGACUCCCUGGAGACAUGUGGUUGCCCAUGUCCCCGGGUGGGACUGCGCCAUGUCCCCGGGUGGGACUGCGCCUCUCCUUUCUGUCUUUCACUCUGGAGGCAGAAAAGCACAGUGUAGGGUGUGGCCAUCAAAGAUGCUCACACACACCCCCUUCUGAAGUCAGAAAGAAAGCUCUCUUUCAGGACCAAACUCAGCAGAAUAGGGAACAGCCUUCUUCCUGGAUGGCUGCACCUCCUUGGUCUUCGCCUUUAGCCACCUCAGCCCACACUGGGACCACUCCUUCCAUCCUUCUCUGCAAACCAGACUCUACAGCCCCCACAUCACCCUCCUGUUUCUUUAGGUGCCUCGGGUCACCCGGCUGGGCCAUUGCCCAGGCUAAACACUUUAGGGUUUGCCCUGUUUCAUUGUAGUUCACAUGAUGGCAAAAUUGUGUGUUUCUCUUGGAGAAAUUCUGGAUUUUUUUUUUCUUGAGCAAGGUCUCCUGCAACCUGGCUGCCCUCACUUUCUUUGCAGCUGAAGGUGACCUUAAACUUGUGAUCUUCCUGCCCCCAUCUGCCAAGUGCUGGGAUUAAAGGCAUGUGCGUGCUGGGCGAACACUCUGCUAGCUGAGCCACACCCCCAGCCUGGAUUUCCUUCUUAUUUGCUCUCAUGUCCAUAUAUCCUAUUAUAUUUGUACAGAUGCUGAGUCCUCCCUCCUUCCUCUUCACUCCUUUUUAGACUUCCCUGCUCCUUGCUCAGCCCCUUGUGACCUCACUCCUGUGACAGCCCCAGGGUUUUCCUCUGCCACACGGCUGCACAGAACUCCCCAGACCACAGUGGCGAGAUGUUGCAGACAGGUGUGAGAUCACGUGGUCAGAGAGCAGUGACUGCUGGAGAGUCUGAAGGACAGAGCAUAGACUUGAAGAGCAUCUUCCAUCCGGAAGGGAAGGCUCAGUGUGUGAUGGGCAACACAGCUGCAGGUGGCCAUCAUCAGCACAGCAAACCCAAGCUGCGGGAGGAGACGCUGCUAGGCCACUUAAGCGUCAUAAACCCUGAGCAACAGCAUCUGGGACCACAAAACAGUAAACUAAGAUGACAUUCCGACAUAGAUCGUCCUUACAAUAAAUCAGACGAUCGUGGAAGAAAAGAAAAGACGCCAUGGGUGACAAAUUAAAAACAAAUCCAAAUGCAAACACAGCAAGUUUAUGGGGGAAGAGAGUGACCAGACAGAAGAACAGUGUCAUGACAGAUUCAGAGACUGGGCUACAACGUAUGGAAGAGGAGGCAGAUAUGGCAGGAAAUCAGCGAGGCACCGGGAAAGAAGGGAAAAGAAAAAGACAACACGGGUAACAUUAGUGCUCUCAGCAACAAAAGACAAGAUCCCUGUUGCUAAUUGAAGCUACCCAAAAUAAAAACACAAUUUUGAAAACACCUAAAA